ACAAUCUCUCUCUCUCUGUCAGCCGUUGCAUCAGUUAAACUGGAAGUUAAGUUUUCGGACGCUACUGCUUCACUUUCGCUGCUCCGUCGUGGAUUCCGCCUGUCGCCCGACUCCCAGCCCUAAAGCGGCUGCCGUACUCUCCGUUAUCGACACCCGGGAACUUUACGGGUGCAACUUUAUGCGCCCCGGACACGACCGGUCCUUUGCUUUCGUGCGAUAGAACUCGAUCGACAAGAAAGUCAAGUGAAACUUUUUUGUGAACUUUUUCUCUUGAACUCCCUCCUGUACUUUGGAUAAUUGUAGAAAAAAAAUUUAGCGACGAACUUUUACAAACUUGUGUCAGAGCGCUAAACUAUUUUUUACAAAAACAUUUCAAAGUGAGUAGAUUGAUUUCGUGUGUCUUGUGUGGGAAGAAUUGAUUUUAUUUUGGGUCAAAAAAAUAAAUCUUCAUCAACAACAAGAGACCGUUCUUUUGUUGGUAGGUAAGACGUUUAUAGUUCAUCAGAUCUUCCCUCCCAGCCAAGUGGUCUGAAUAUUGUUUUUUAAACAUCUUCGGCUAGAAAAAAAAAUCUCAAUUUUUUUUCCUGGUAUCCAAGGAGGGAUCAUCCUUUCAAAAAUCACCGUCCACUCUCAGCGGACAUCCGUAUUUUGUCCCAUUUUUCUUCGAGCCUCGUACCCCAACCAACCGCCAUUGUGGAGUGCUGGUGCCUAGGUAGCAUGGCAAUGGUGAACAGCGUGAAAGACUCGAGGUGGCUUCAGCUGGAGGUUUGCCGGGAGUACCAGCGGAACAAGUGCUCACGGCCGGACACCGAGUGCAAGUUUGCCCAUCCACCGGCUCAUGUCGAAGUCCAGAACGGCCGGGUCAUCGCCUGCUACGACUCAAUCAAGGGUCGCUGCAACCGAGAGAAGCCACCAUGCAAGUAUUUCCAUCCUCCUCAGCACUUGAAGGAUCAGCUGUUGAUCAAUGGCCGAAACCAUUUAGCCUUGAAGAAUGCUAUCAUGCAACAGUUGCCGCUGCAACCUCUGCUGCAGCCACCAACCGCACAACUCACUCCCGCUGUCGUGAGUAUUAUGAAUGCUUCAACAGCUCCUUAUAUGCCAGCCUUGGCUGGGCAUACAGCUUCGUCCUUCAGUCCUUAUCUGAGCCCCAGUACCAUGAUUCCUGCUGGAAUGAUGCCUGCAGAUUUGGCAGCUCCUCCGCCGCCGCCCCAGUUGACCUCCAUUGUGCACACUCCCAUAGUCACACAGAAGGUUCCUCGGACUGAUAGAUUGGAGGUAUGCAGGGAAUACCAGCGCGGCAACUGCAAACGUCCCGAAACCGAGUGCCGGUUCGCCCACCCUCCUGACCACGUGACAGUGGACAGCGCGGAGGGCAUGGUCACCGUGUGCAUGGAUUUUGUGAAGGGUCGAUGCUCGAGGGAUUUGUGCCGCUAUUUCCACCCGACGCCCCAUCUCCAGGCCCAGCUAAAGGCCGCCCAGAGCCGAGCGAAUGCCGCCUCCACACAAGCUGCUAUGCCCAAUGCUGAUGCUAAGAAGAGGCUGCACGAUUCUUCGACACAGAUUCUACAGCAGCGCCCGCCCACUGCUACAGACAACAUGCUUCUGGCCUUUCCUGGGAUCUCUCCUUACAGCAAGAGACCGGCUAUGGACAAAAGUGGUCUGCCUGUUUAUCAGCCCAGUACCGCUGCCUAUCAACAGGCUCUUACAAUGCAAGUCCAACAACCCUUUGUUCCCGUGUCUUAUACAUGUCUCCCAUCAGCAGUGACUGGCCAUCCUACUGCUGUACCAAGAUUCUAAAGAAGGCCAUUAUUAAGACCUCACUGUUGAGUAUUACACCUCUUUUGACAAGACAAAAGAUUUUUGAAAGAUAAGUGAGGUCACCUAAGCAGCAAAGAGUAAAAACAGUCAGCCUCUUUUCUAAAUAUGAGGUGCUCUUCAUAGAUUGAGCAUUUCAAUCUCCAGGUUCUUCUGGGGUGGGACUACGAGGAAACAAGUGCCCCAAUCCAAGGCUAUGGAGUCUCACCCUCAGACAGUCUGUGAUAAGGAGGCAGCACUUUUGAGGCUCCCUUGUGCUUGACACAGGGACAUCUCCACUUGUGAUGGGCGUCUAGUCAGGUGGUAUUACGAUAGAUCUGAACUAAGAAGUGUCUCUGAAUUCCCUCCCAAAUCUUUCUUAUCACCCUUGCCUCGGAAACCCAAAUUCCUGGGGAUAGAAAUGCUUUAUAAAACUCUGAAGCAACUGGUGGUUUUUACUCUGUCUCUUAGGACAGUUAAAGGCCUCAAUGAAAUAAUGAUUUCCUUGGUCAAGUAAAGAACAAGAUGUGCAAUCCAGCUUUCAAUUCUGUUUCAGUAAAUCACUUGUGAAUUUUCUAAAUUUAAUAACAUUUUUGUGGUUGGAAAAGAAAUAAUUUUCCAGAAAUAAACUUGUUUUCUAUCAUAUUACAUUUUCUUACAUUGUUUCUUACUUAACAAACUCUCAGUGUAUCAAGUUUUUUGUAAAUUUGUCUAUAAUAAGAUAAAAUAUUUUUGUCAAGAGCAAUUUUAUUUCAGUACUGAUUUAUGAUUUGUCAUAUGAUGUCAUAUUUUUUAAUAUUUGGUUACUAUUUUCAAAUGAAUAAGUGCCAUUUUAAUUCUUGUGAUUUUUGUUUGGAUAAAGUAUUUAAUAUGUUAUACAAGCUAAACUGCACGUUUAAAAAUUGUUUCUAAGUUUAUCAUUAGUCUUUUAAUUUCUUUUUUUACCUUCCAUGGAAAGCUCAAACAUAAAUAGAAUUUUUUUGCAAUAAUAUGUAAAUCUUUUUGCAUUGAUGAUGUGUACUUUGAAGUAAUUUUUAUUUUUAAUGGGAACAUGUGUUUGUGUAAAUAUUUUUAAGUGUAUAAUUAUAAUUUGUGUAUUUUUUUAACUAAUUGGAGAACACACAAUCGAAAAAUACUAUUUUUUUUUUAAUGCUGCAAGAAAUCUUAUGAGAUAUGAUAAUAAUUUUAUAAAAACUUGUUAUUUUAAUUAUUGCUUUUUGAAGCAAAUUAAAUGAAAUUCCUUUUUUUUUUUUAACUCUUUUCAACCUCUCAGCAGUUUAAUUUUAUCAACAUCUGUUUCUUGUUAUAUAUCUUAAUGAUAUAGAAUCAGUCAUUUAAAAUACCUGUUUACUUUUAAACUGAAAGUAUGGAUAAGCUACAUCAUGAGCCAAUGACAUCUUUGUUUCAUUUGCGACUGGGUCAGAGGCCAAAAAGUCCGGGGCCAAAGUUUCCGGAAACGGUUAGAAACAACAUUUCUUUGUCUGUGUUUUCAGUUAUCUGUGUGAAUGUUAAUUUUUUUAAUCAAUUUGACCAUUUAGUUCACGUAGUAGUAUACGCAACGAGAUUAAGGAGAGAAAUUAUUCAUAUGUUAACUAGUAGUGCAGUUUGUUGACUUUAAAGAAUUCUAGCAGGAGGGAGCUAUGUCUCUUGUUAGGGCAUGAAAGUUAUGGUUUCUUGAAAGAUGAUAUUUUUAAUAACAAUUGUUUGUAUGUCACAUUGUUUUAUUACUUGCAUAUCUUUGUAUGUGUUAGUAGCAUAAUGUGAAAUUGUUACAAAUGUUUUUUGUGGAUUCUAGAUUAAUGAAACACAUGAAGAAUUUUAUAUGAUGAAAAUAAAGUAUUCAAACUAUGGUAGCAUCAAUGCUGCCUUUUUCCGGUGAUACAGUUGCAAUGAUUUCAGUUGAAUAAAGUAAUCUUCUAGCUCCAAAGAGCUUUAAGACUUGCGACUCAGGCUAUACAGAAAAAAAAGCAAAGUACUUUGUGAAUAACAAUACUGUGUUAUCUUUUUUAUUGGUAGUUUUCACUCAAAGAAAAUUUAGAAUUUGUAUUAGUAGACAGUUGCAUGUUUUGUAACAAGUAUUUUAGUAUGCUCGGGUUCAAAAAUUGUAUCACUUGACUUAGAACACAAAUAAAUUUAAUUAUAUAUUUCCAGCUAAUGAACUCGCGUAGAAAUAUAUUAAAUCCUUUAUUAAUGUUAUUUACUGAAUAAUUCACUGUUGAAAAUAUUUUCAAUAAACUCAGCAUACAAAUAUUGCACAUUUUUAAUGUUGGUGUAUCUUCUUGAAAUACAUAAACUCUACAAAAAAAAAUAUUUUCUUCCUUAAAUUCCCUCUUGACUCAUAGGGCCACAUUGCAUAGUUAUCCCUUUAUAGAACAGAUUUAAGAUAACUCACUUAAUUUCAAUUUCUUGUAGAAUCUGCACUAAUUUCUUUUAUGAAAAUCCAUGAAAAUAAGUAAAAGUUUGGUGAAUUAGUAUUUUAUAUUAUAACUGUUUAUACGAGCUUUCAAAUAAAUGAUAUUGGGGAGGAAAAAAAUUUUUGUAACAAUUCUGGAUCAUUCCUUUGGUCAAAUGUUAAAUAAGUCAUAAAUGAUAUGUUGCUGUUAAGAUAUCAAAUUUUUUCUGUUGACAAUAUAUAGUUUACAACAUAUACAUUAUAUAUAUGUUUGAUGAUAUAUGAUUUAUAGCUUCGAAAUUAGAUUAGCCUUCUAUAUAGCUUGAAGUUCUACUUACUGGUUUUUUUUUAUAAUAUUAAAAUUGCAGUAGUAGUUUGUACAUUUUGGAAUAUAAUCUAUGAGAAUCAUAAAUUUUGAAGCCCAAUGUAUAUGUGUUAUGUAACAAAGUUUGAAUUUAUGUUUGAAAUGCAUGAAAUAAAUUAUCUCUGUGUAGGUAAGUGUUAAACAAUGGUACUUCAAAUGUGAGGUCUACUGUUAUUUGUCAAGUUUUCUUUUUUAGCAUUGAAAAUGUCCUAUCGAUUUACUUUUAUGAUAUAAAUAUAUAAAUAUAGUGUGUAUAUUCAAAAUGGAAUUUCUUUUUAUCCUUGUAACUUACUUGUUGCUUAUACUUCAGUGAGAGUAGACGAUUUAACCAGCUGUCACGUUUUGCAAGAUGUUUUAAAAUUAAAAUCAAAAAUUCUCAGUCUUUCUAAAUUUGUUUUAAAAAUACUUAAUGGAUUAAUAAUAUUCAUCAAGAAUUUAUUCACUGUUAUCUGUUAUUGAAGCCUCUUUUCUAAAAUGCAUUUUGUGUAUUUUUACAAUAUUUCCUCCAAAAAAUGUUUAAUUUCACUAUAUGUUUGGUGAAUCUAUGAAUAUUAAAGAAGAAUCGCAGAAUAUCAGAUAAUAUCCAAAAUCAUUUUUUUUUCAAGACUCAUUGCACUCAGUUACACUAUUAGUUAAAGGUCUUCUUCACAAAAUAUUUAAGCAGCCUGUGAUGAUUAAAGUUCCUUUCAAGCAUGAUAUUUUCAUUCAUUGUGAAUAUGUUACUAACAUACUUUUAUGUAAAGGAACAAACAUUGGUUUUGAUCGAAUAUUUUCAUCUUGUUAAACAAAUGCAGUUUUCAUUUUGUUUGCAAUUAAUAUUUUAUGUAAUAUAUAUAUAUAUAUUAUAUGCAUGUAUCUCAUAAAAUUUUUGUGGAGUAUGAAAGUAAUGGGCUUAUUAUUUAGCAAAAUGCAUUGAAGCAAUGUAUAAAUGUGUUUUCUUACAUGUUAUUGCUGUGUUCCAUAUCAUAAACCAUCAGUAUGUUCUGCAUAUUCUUCUAGAUAUCUACAUAUAUGUACAUGAUAUUAAGACCAGCUGAAAUUCUAUGGGCUAUUUAUAUAGCUUGAGGACAUUGUGACAUCAAUGCUAUAAGACAUUUAGAAAAUCCACAGAGAUAAGUUUUUGAAAUAAUAUGAAGUCUUGAAUAUAUUGUUACCUUCCAAAUGUAUGAUCUAAAAUUGUGGGUCUAGUGUACUUGAUCGUAAUAUUAGGUUAAACGCAUGUCUUAGUAGAAUGUAGAAAUAAGAGUGUACAGCACUUGAAAAGUACACAGUUUAUACUGUUAACAUAUACUAUGUGUGUAUAUAUACUAUGAUUAUAUACAUAUAUUAUAUAUUUAAAAAUGUGCCAGUCAUAAGUUACAAUGUGUGAUAAGGACUCUUGUUUCCUGAGCGUAAAGUCUUGGACUGUCAUAAAGUCCUAUAACUAGCAGAUGAGUCAAAAAUUAUUCGUGCCUCUCAGAAUUGAAUGCAGAGUUUUAAAUUAUUAUGUUUGUUAUUCAAUACACUUUUAUCUAUUAAUAUAUAACAUCUUCUAUAUAGCUGCUGAAAAUUUUGCCGAGAUUUAUAUAAUGACUUUUUAAAAUAAUGCUCUUUGAUAUGUUAAAACAAACAAUCGGGUACAAUUUUAUAAUUGGUGAACCUAAUGCUUAGCUAAAACUGCAGCCAUCAUAGAUGAAGAACUAAGCACUUUCCCUAAAUCUAGAAUCUGCUUUCAUAAGUGCUUCAGCUUAGGCUGUUACGUUAAUUUUGAUAUGCUUUAUCAAAUAUUAUCUGGAGAACGAAAUGCCUAAUACGGAUCAGAAUUUUAUAAGUGUUCUGAAUAUCUCUCUUUUUUUAAAUUUUUUUUUAUUAUUAUUAUUACUAUUAUUUGUUUUUUUCCCUAAAAUCUCUUUGUUUAAAAAUUUACUGUAUUAAUUUAGUUAAAAAGUUUUAAAUAUUAUAUUGAAUUAAUGGUGAAUGGUGUAAUGGCAAUAUUCAGUGAUUCUUUAUUAAGCUUAGAAAAACGUAAAUGUUUCCCUUUUUUUAAGGGGUGGCUCGGAUAUUUUUUCAAUCUGUGAACAAAUGACUUUUAAAUGAAUAUUUUGUUAGAUUAUUAAUAUUUUGUUUAAAAUAAUAUGAGUUUGUAACUGAAAAGAAAAUUUUCCCUUCUGAUAUAUCAUCUAAUGAUCAAAUAAUCUGCGUAGCUAAUAUAUUUAGAAAACGAAACUUUAAAACGUCAUUUUACUAUGCAUACAUAACAGUAAAUAAGCAUACAUAACAGUAAAAAUCAUAAAAAAUUAAUGGCGAAUACAAUCAAAAGGAAAAUUUCUCAAUCAUAUAACUUUUUAAUCAUUUUAAAGAAAUGGUUAGUUUAAAUAUGAUAAAAAUCAACUAAAGCAUUUAUAAAGAACAUCAGAAUUUUUUUUAAUACAUUAUUGCUGUAAACUCUUUAUUCGUAAUUCUAAAUUUGCAUACAGCCUUUAAUAUAAUAAAUACUUCAUUUUAUUAUGUAAUCAGUUUUUGCAUUCUUCAUUUCACUGGCCAUAUAUCAUUUGCCACCAAAUUGUAUUUUAAAGUAAAAUAGUUUAUUAUUUUAAAUUAUUUUCGAGUUUAUAUUGUUAUGUAUUAUUUUUAAAUACAUUUAACUUUAUUUAGGUAAAUUGAUAAACAUUUAAUUUCUUUAAAAAUAUUGUAUAGGGAGUUUUGGCACUUGUGUACAAAAAUUACUGUGUAUUUAAAAACUAAAUUCUUGUGGAAAGAUUUAAAAAAAAAUAUUUGGAUCUCUUGCAAAUGAAAAAUAUUGAAUUUUUAAUAGACAUUUUUUUUUGUGUUUCUUUUAUUUCUCUAAAUUUUCAUAUGAUGCUUUUAAUUUAUUUCUAAAAUAUAUUUUUGGAGGCUGCUGAGUGCAGAGAGAGGUUUUGCUCUAACAACUACUUUCAACCUAUCUUGUUACCAACUGUAAAGCUCUGGCAGUUGUUACUAGCUUACGAAGUAACUUACGUCUGCUAUUUGUAGAAAAUAUUCAAGUUAUGAAUUGUAACUGGCUACAUUUAUCCUUUUGUGACUGUGUUUGGAAACGUAGCUUGUAACUGCUAUUGCUAUACGAAGUUUUCAUUGCUGUAUACUCCUGCAUUGCUGUAUUACCAAACUUCAGUAUACUAAUGAAUAAAAUUACCUUUCUUAA